CGCCAUUUUGGAAUAAGAAUAGGAAUAUUGUACAGGAGUGCCGUGGGCUGAGGGCAGAGUAUAUAUAAAAGCUCCCUUUUUCAGGCGACGAAAAGGCGCUUUACCGUUUCCCAAGUAGAAACAUGUCGUCAGAGAAUCAAGAGUCCGAGGCGCCAUUGGAGUCCGGAGAGGAGAAACAGCAGGACUCCCAGGAGAAGGACGCCAACCCAGUGAAAUCAGAGGAGGCCAAGCUCAAGGCCAAGUACCCCAACCUGGGGCAAAAGCCAGGAGGGUCAGACUUCCUGAUGAAGAGACUACAGAAAGGGCAAAAGUACUUUGACUCAGGCGACUACAACAUGGCCAAGGCCAAGAUGAAGAGCAAGCAGUUGCCGGUGGCCGGUCAGGAGAAAGGGCUGGUGACCGGGGACCACAUCCCCACGCCGCAGGACCUGCCUCAGAGGAAAUCCUCUCUAGUCACCAGCAAGCUGGCUGGAUAAGAGCAGAGUCACCCACCUGCCACCCCCCAAACCCCUAUCCCUGUACCCCCACCACUCCAAUUGAGUACGCCCCCCCAAUACUAACCCCAAUGCCUCCCUUCCUCCUUCCACGCCCAAAUCCACCUCCCCACCGGGUUCCUUAUGAGUGUCUUGAAGCAGGGUGCAGGUCCCACACACUCAGCCCAUUACGGAAGAUGAUGGAUAGAUCGACCCCCCACCCCCCUCAGUGUCUCCUUCCUCAGAUAGUAACGUUAACUCUUCUCUCAUCACUGCUGAUUGUGUCUUCUUGCCAUUUUCGUCCCUUUAGUUAAACCCUCCCUAUGACCAUACUGCCUCCACCACCACCACCACCACCACCACCACAACUCAUCCCUUCCCUGGUCCGCCACAUACCUUAUAGCAUCAGAUUGUCUUUUAAAGCUGUAGUGAGAUAUAGAGGUGCACAGGUACUCCUUAUCAAAGGCCAAUGCGUUCUUUAUUCAAAUAAACUUAGGUAGAAUUCAAAAUCCAGGAAACACUUUAAAAGUAUUUUAAAGAUAAGACUUGUACCGUACAAUAAUACUUUAUCCAGAAUAGAAGAGGCAGUGACGCAAAAGUUAUGUGUUUUUGUUUCAGAAAAGGGAUUUUUUUUUUUGUUUCUUCCUAAAUGGCUUGAUGUGUCCUCCCAAAUCUUUUUUUUGCACACAGUUGGCCAUUUUGGCCAGGCCUAUACAGUUAUCGCUUAGAAGAUUCCUGUUUUGGCUUAAACAAGGGCCUUAACUUGUUCGUUUAACCACGUUUAUUAUCUUCUUAAUAUGAGCUCACCAACUCUUUUUGAAUACAAACUCAAUCUGACUGGGAUGUGCAUUGCUUCCAGUCAUGUACCUAUGGCCGAGACCAGUGCACCUCUAGUGAUACUUUCACAACCAAAUGUAACCAAUGUUUUCCUGGAUACUGGCUCUGUUGCAACACAUGUUUGUUGUUGGUGUGCCGUGCAAUAUGAGCUAGCAUCCUGUCCCAAGAAUUUAAGGAACCAAAGAUACAGGGACGACUAGACAAUGGAGAAAAACAAUGUUAGCAGGCCAACUCAAGGACUGACGGUUCCUCAAGGCCUGUCCUUCAAACCAAUCGGGAUCACCCUUAUGCAAUCAGAAUGUGCCCAACUUUGUGUCUAGUUGUUGGGCAUGUUUUGCUGGUGCUUGCCUAUCACGCCAGCCAUGUUCAUAUGUGCCCUAAGUGGUUGCUGUUUUGGCUGUAUGACCCAGAUUUACAUGUCAUCUGGCCCCACCAGUUUUUACGACUGCGUCUUUCUGAAUCUUCAUUAAGAAGCAAGGACUGAGUUACCAGUCAUAUAUAUAUAUAUAAUUGUGCAAAAAAUUGUGCAUUCAACAUGCAUCAUAUAUAUAUAUUGAAUGCACAUUUUUUUGUCUAAAACUUGAUGUGGAUAAAAAAUGAUUAUGAAUUGGUAGAACAUCUGGGACAAAGACGAAUCAUAACUAUAUGAUAUUUAUACAAAUAUUCAUGGACAAAUCAUAAAUUCCAAAACAAGCCUGUCACUAAAUCUGUAAUCAGUCAGAUAUGUGAGGCAGUAUCACUCAUAUUAAAAUACCUUAGAAAUAAAUACCUACUUGAUAAGACGCAUUCCUGUGGGUGUGGAAAGAACUGGUGAUCCCAGGGUGAGGAAUGGCAGAAAUGAGAGCAGUUUCCCCACGUCAUCGUUGCUGCAGAUGCAGCCAGAGCUUCGGUGUCCCUCAUCCCCCAUCCCCUCCUGCCCCCCCCCCCCCGCCGGGCCGCACACCGGGAACAAAAAAAGAAAGGGAUGAGGGGAAGAAAAGGAAGACCCCUAACAAGACUGUAUCUGUGCUGUACCAUACUGGGCUGGGACAGGCAGCGUUCUUUAUGAUCACUGCUUCUACUGUUGUCAUGACUACUACGCUUUCUGUUGCUGCUCUGAACGAGAUGGGUGGGGGGGGGGGGGGGGGGUCACGCAGUCGCUGCCAGGAGAGUGAUGCGUUUGUGUGAGUUCAAGACGUGACCACAGCCGCUGGGAGAGCACAGUGAAUGACCCGAGUCUUAAGUUAGAGAAGGAGCUGUUUACUCCCGUUUUGAGUUGUUAUUAUACAGUGGGAGUGAUCGGAGCACAGAGUGCAACAUCACGUCUGUCGCUAAUGCUGAGUGAACAGUGGCGGGUAAUUCUGAUAUUGUGGGUGAAUUGAAGAGCUGAUGAGGAUGAUGAUGAUGAUGAGGAUGUCAUGACUGUGGUAAGUAACAGCAGGUGCUGUUACCAUGGUCACAAGCAUUUGGUGGGAUGGAAACUGCUGAUAGUAAUGUGACGGAAGUUGAUUCAAUAGCAGACACACAGGAACAUCUCAGGUGUUUAAGGCAGCAUGGACAGCUUUGAAUCACUUUAAAUAAUGGAUGUCAGUAUAUCCUUGAUUACCUGAGACAGGAAUUACCCCUAAUGCUUAAAUGAAUCCCUGCUUUUCGAAAAUGAAUUGAAGGUUCUAAAUUGCUAGUGUUAAAUAUAUUCAAUAAGUCUCCUGAAACAAGUCAUCAGCUUGACUUUCCAUGCCUGUCUUUGAAAAUAGCCUAAAUGCCUUCCCCAGCACAUUUCCACUUUAUUAUAUUGACAAGAUUAUGAAAAAGGUGAAUAUUACCUCAUGUUUUCAAACCUACAGUCUAAAGGGAGAAUGAGAUAUUGCAGCCCUUUCUUUCACAGCCAAUCAUUUACUAGGCUGCCAUCUAUCUCAGCCAAUUAUAAUAUUGGCUUUUCAUCAACCAAUCAUCAGCUGGCCUGCUUGUUUCAUAUACAAUCAUCAGCUGCGCUGUCCAGCAAGCCUUGGCCAGCCACUAUGUUGGCAACUGGGGUGGGCAGCAAACUCAGAGAAUCUUUCCCCCUGAAUUCUAGAGAUGUCCAGUUGACAAUGCACGCCCAGUAAAUGGAGUUAAAUGGAAAGAUGGCAAGAAACCUACCUAGUGGUCAACUUGUGUGCAAUGUAUCAAAGGUGUACAAGUGAUUUUGCUCUCGAGAGAAGUGAGAUGGGCUUUGAGAACCGGGAAAUUCAGAGAGAAAGAUGAUGUGUGAUGUGAGUGUAUAUAUUUUUUUCUGCCAUCUGCCUUAGUCCCAGCCUCAUGUAAAUAGCUGUUGUUUCUCUUUUGUUUUUUGCUUAUGUACCACAAAUCUGUUGGUUUAAUUUGUAUUUGGUUUCACUUUUGCUCAGUCUUUCGUUUUUGUGUGUGUGUGUGUGUGUUUUGUUUUCUUCUCUCUCUUUUGUUUUGACUCCGCUGCUCCCAUGUUAACCUGUGUGGGCAGAAAAAGCAGGAAACGAAAAUAAAACCGCCAAGCAUAUACCGCGCCCAACAAGCACAGCAAUCGGCCUUCAGAACCCUCCACAAUAACUCACAAGGGAAUCGGCCUAUGUGUUUAUUUAUUGUGUGAACUCCGAGUAAACUGGAAUGUAUAGCUGCUAUAUGUAAGGAGAAUUGAAAGGUGCUAUACGGAAUUGAUUAACACACAGGGGUCGACCUUGGUGCAUUUCUCACAUGCUUUGGCUGCUUAGUUCAGGGGAGUGCCAUCUUAGGCUCUGGAGGGGCCAGCCAUUAGAGACACUUCUGCAUUUGUUUAUGGGAUCGUUGGUGGCCUCUGGUCGGAUGCAAAGCCUUGUUGGGUGGUCAGUUGGGGAGAGCUGUCCAGCUGUCUGACGUUAGCAGAGGCUAUAUAUGUAGUAUGGACACACCCACACACACACGUGUUUAUAACUCUAUUAGUGACAGAGGUGAAUCCAGUGAUUCAGUGAACAAUUCGAUGAACAGAUAAUAGACAUAUCCCAUUACUCUGCAUCUGGGUGUGUUUAGCGUCUUUGGAAUGGCAUAGUGUGAGCCAAUCAAGAGUCUGUCUAAAGGUCACCUUGUGUCUGAUUGGGUUUGCCCACGUGCAUUACAGGGCACGGCCCUACCAUGCUGCACAGACAGAUGGAACAGGCCUCUUAUUAAAGGUGUGGCUACAAAAUAGGACAAGCUAAUGCUUUAUCAUUGCCCCUGCAGGAUCUCUACUACACUACUUGCCAUUGUGAAACAAAUGUUUUUGUUUUGUUUUGUUUCAUUUGUUUUUGCUGUUGAAUUAUAAACACACUACUGUAACAAACGAACUGCAGAAUUGUGCCAGGAAAGGAGUGAAUUGAUGGACUGGAAAUGGGACAAAUAUGGUAAAAUGUAGAGAAUGUCUAAUAAUGUCAGUGUGGAAAGGACUUUUUUGUCAGUAUUUGAAAUAAAAUUUUACAUGAA